AAUUUACUGAAAUAUACCUUUAGAGAGGCAGGUGUGAAUCUACAAGUCACAGAAGCCCCUCCCACACCUACACUUACUCCGCCCACUGUGAGUGUGAGUGAGGGGCAGUCAGUGAGUGUGCAGUGCUCUGCUCCUGUCACGUGUCUGUCUCUCCCUCCCACUCUGACAUGGAGCCCUGUCCUGGGGCACAUUCAGGAGACUCUGCAGGAGCAACCGGACAAGACCUAUGUCAAAGUGUCCACUCUCAACUUCACUGCUUGUCCUCUCCACCAUAAAACAAACCUCUCAUGCUCUGCAGUUUACAGCAGGGAAGAUGGUACACAUGUAUUGUCUCCAAGUGCCCAGAUUACUCUUGAUAUUACAUAUCAACCUAGAAACACCAGAGUGACAGUGAGUCCCUCUGGUCCAGUGACAGAGCACAGUAAUAUGUCACUGAGCUGCAGCAGUGAUGCCAACCCAGCUGUACAGCACUACCACUGGUAUAAAGCUGAUGGAGGAACUCACACUCUGAUCGGAAACUCAUCUGUUUUAAACAUGAAAGCCUCCAGAGAUACUACUGCUAUUUUCUGUGAGGCUCAGAAUGAACUUGGGACUGAUAAAUCCACUGUCACUCCACUGGAUGUACAGUUCCCUGCACAGAUCCUGAGCUCUUCAAACUGCUCUGGAGACUCAGCCCGGAUGAGCUGUGUGUGUGAGACUGAGGGGAACCCCUUUCCCCUGAUACAUUGGAGCUUUCCAGGAGUCUAUGCAAACAUCUCCAUCAGCAGUGAGCCUCUGAGUGACAAAGCUCUAAGAAGUGUCAUCACUGUUAUUAAACCUCAGUGGAGAGAUCCAGUCACUUUGGUCUGUCACAGCAGCAACUCUCUGGGAUCUGACUCACAAGGAUUUGAUGUCUCUGCAUUUGAACCUGAAACUGUUGUUCAAGAACAAGAGGACGUGUUGAUUCUUGUCUUCAUUGCUAUCAGAGUUGUGAGCCUGCUAGUAUUCCCGUGUGCAUUCUUGUCUAUUAUGAGGAGUCUCAACACUCCCCAUGAUCAUCACCAACCAACAGACAUGGUGAUGAUGGAGCAGCUACUGUCACAUCAGGUGCCGACAGUUAACUUGGAUGAUGAUGAUUAUGCAAACACAGCAAACUAA